CAAUCAUGCUCAAAUUGCAGCGAACAAGCAACGUGUUAAAAGUGAUCGAUUCGCCGUCGCCGGGCGCAAACUCUGCUAGGGGACGAUGGAGACGACCGAGGUGGAUGGUGGACGCAAUGUCUCCCUCGCACCAGAGCUCAGCCCCAGCUUGGCCGCCGCAGAGGACCAUUUCCGCGUGAAGCGGCGCGCCCUCGAGGCGGUCCUGGAGAAUUGUAAGAGGGCCCUCGAAUUGCUGGAAAAACCCUACAUCGACCUAGACCCUGCAGGCGACGAGGCUGCAGAGGCACAGCCUAUGGGAGAAGUUGAGGGAUCCCUGCCGCGGUCUGAAUCUGGAGGCGACUUCGAGGCCGAUGAGCUAUGUGCACUUCUGAAAUCAAGAGUUGAAUCACCAGACUUCCUUGAAAAGCUUGAACACAUCCAGACAUCUGUUUACCAAAAUAUUCAUGGUGAUGAUAAUGCAUCAUGGGAUAUGAUCACCGCCAAAGAUUUGUGGGAUGAUAAGCAUUUUGAUGGGAAGGAUGCCAUUGACCAAGAUGAUUAUGUACUUGUUAAGCAAGAGGACAUAGUGGAUGGUGUGGCAUUCUUCAUGGCUACUUAUCUGCUAUCACUAAAGCAAACUAAAGAAUUAACUCCAAAUCAACUUCAAGCAGCCCUAUGCAAAACGUUUUCUGUUAAGAAGAAGAAAAGCAGACUCAGGAAGGCAUGGGAUGGAAGCAAGGUUGUUUACAAUGUUGCUUCAUGGAGUGCUACUGCCAUUGGGGACUUUGGAACACAAGAAGUCGAGUAAAAGACGCAGCUAGCGAAAAGAUUGACAUGAGAAACGAGUCGACAGGCUUGGUGCAUCUGAGAGACGAGAUGUUGCGGAAGAGUACAUCGGCGGACGAGAAGGACGCAUGGACGCUUUCGAGGGAUGAGAAGUCGGGAGGUAGAUUGCUCGAGGAGAAGGCCAAAGUUGAGUUCGGAUGAGCUCAACUCUAGACGGUUGGAACAUCAUCCCAGCGAUCGGGCAAAAGUCAAUUGUUGUGUUGACUAUGUCCAAGCGCUCGAACAAGGUCCAGGUGCUCGGACCUAGCCUAGGCACUUGGAUCCCUUCGAGCCACAUCAGACUGCCGUUGCGGCGAAGAGGAUUUGUGCGGAGCCACAGCAGCCGAAUCCAGGCACCUGGAUCCCUUCAGGCCACAUCAGACCGCCGUUACGACAAAGAGGAUUAGUGCAGAGCCACGUCAGCCGAAUCCAGGCGCUCGGGAGCCAAUAAAUGCUUAUUAGGAAAUUGUUGCAGAGUGGAUCGAGGUGACCAUGUCCAGACGCACGGACCGGGUCCAAGCGCCCGAGAGCUGCCGCAUCAGCAAACGGCUAGUUCGAUCGGUGAGCUAUAAAUAAAGCCCUGAUUUUUGAAUUUCAAAUAACACACUUGUACUUUCAAUUCUCCUUCUAUUUAGUUUGUUAGUACUUUCAAUGCUUGUAAGAGACUUCUUCAUCUACAUCGAAGGAGAAAUUUAGUGAGCUUCCA